UGCAUCGCCCUAUUAAUCAAGCUUCUCGGGCGCGUGAUCGAAACGUAGCUUCCUUGUACCGGCAAUAAUCAGCCGAUCAGUUGACCAAAAGCUUUGCUACGGUUAGGAAAUACAGUGCAAUCGAACCAAUUUGAAUUUCACACCCGCUCCGAAGCCACAGCAACACGACGGCGAUGAUUUCACGAAUUUUAAACUCCACCGCACCGCAGUACUACCGGCUUGGUAAGGGUGUUGUGUUUGAGGGAGCCAUCCGAAACACCGCCAGCGCUACUGUGGUGCACCGGCGGCAUGCGAGCCACGAACGGAACGUAGUACAAUCGCCCUUCGGCACCGUGGACAUCCCUGCGAAGAACGUUACCGACUACAUCUUCGAAGGAUACGAAAAGUAUGCGGAUAAACCGGCCGUUACAUGUGGCGCUACGAAACGAUCGUACACGUACGGUAUGACGUACGAGAUGACGAAUCGAAUGGCGCGUGGCUUACUGUCGCAGAAGGGAUGCGCCAUGCGCAAGAACGAUGUGCUUGGGCUGCUGCUGCCGAACAUACCGGAGUUCGUUCCAGCGCUGCACGGUGGACUGCUGGCCGGCCUGUCCGUUACAUUCGCUAAUCCUUUGUACACGGCAGAGGAAGUUUGCCGCCAGUUUGAAAAUGCCGGUGUGACGGCCAUCGUCACGCUGCCGAUGUUGCUUCCGGUAGCGGAAAUGUUUCGCACCAAGGUGAAACAGUACAAAGGAACGAUCUGCAUCGGGGGAAAGCACGAUCUCGAUAAGAACAUUUACGGGUUUGAGCAAUUUUUGAAAGAAAACCAUCGCAGUGAGCUCCCGGAGAUCGAUUGCCACAAAACGGCCAUUCUGCCCUAUUCGUCCGGCACGACGGGACUGCCGAAGGGGGUGGAACUGUCGCACUACAACCUUGUGGCCAACCUAGCGCAAGGAUCACACCCGGCGAUAUCGAAAUAUUAUCAACCAGAGUAUAUCGAUAAGAAGGAGACCAUAUUGACCAUUCCGCCCUACUUCCAUAUAUACGGAUUGAACGCUAUUCUGCAUUCUGUGCUCAAGUCCAAAAACCACAUUGUUUCAAUUCCCAGAUUCAUCCCGGAAGAUUACAUCCAGUGUUUGGCCGAAUUCCGGCCCCAGUUUCUGUUCGUGGUCCCGUCGCUACUGCUCUUCCUCGCUACCCAUCCGAAGGUGACGCCCGACCUGCUGUCCAGCGUCGACUCGGUCCUGGUCGGUGCUGCGCCCGCUUCGCUCCAGCUGCAGGAAAAGUUCCGCACCAAGGUCGGGCGCGACAUCGACAUUGCGCAGGGUUACGGCAUGACGGAAAGCUCCCCGGUUACGCUCUGCACGCCGCACCGUUACGACCAGUCGAAGGUCGGUACGUGCGGUCAGCUGUAUCCCAGCACGGAGGCGAAGAUUGUAUCGCUCACGGACGGCAGCAACCUGGGUCCGCAUCAGACGGGCGAGCUGUACCUGCGCGGACCGCAAAUCAUGAAGGGCUAUCUGAACAAUGAGGCCGCCACGAAGGAGACGCUCGUUGAGGACGGGUUCCUGCGAACGGGGGAUGUGGCGUACUACGACAAGGAGGGAUUCUUCUUCAUCGUCGACCGCACGAAGGAAUUGAUCAAGGUGAAGGGAAACCAGGUUUCACCGACGGAGCUGGAAAACAUUGUUCUCGAACUACCCGAGGUGAGCGAUGUGGCGGUGGCCGGCGUACCGGACGAAACGGCCGGCGAGCUGCCGCGCGCAUUCGUCGUCGUUAAGCCGGGUGCGGACCUGACCGAGAAGGAGGUGCAGGAGCACGUGAAGGAGCGUGUCGUCAAGUACAAACAGCUUGCCGGCGGAGUCAUCUUCGUCAAGGAGAUUCCUCGCAACGCUGCCGGCAAGGUUAUACGGCAGCAGCUCCACAUGAUUGCCGCCCAGUUCGAGGACUGAAUGGCUCCACUGAACGCUCGCCCGCGCGAUUCUUGUACAGCAAUAAAGUAGUCCAUUUUGUUUUUUACUCUUCCUUCGUCUCCCCCUA